UGUAAAGCACCGAAAUUCAUUAAUAAAGAAGAUGCAAAAUACCGUAUACAAGAGAACAACUACAAAAUCAGCCCACUUCCUUGGACAUAUUUUAGGGAAAACCGUUGGCUGAAUCGGUAACUAAAGAGCGAGAAGUUAUAACUUCCAUUUCUGCUUCUUAAACCCUCGAAUUAAAUGCUAAUAUAUAUAAAACCCACAGAAGACAGGGAAGAAGUUGAGGAACAGAAACAAAUGCGUUGGAAGUUGGAACUUGACGAGACUCGAUUUACGGUUCAUCUCAACAACUCUCCUCCUCCUCGCAUAUCCCCUUCAUUGCCGUUACUCAUCCCCACCACAGUUAUAAUACCCUGUCUCUCUCGCACUUUCUCAAACAGCUUCGGGGGCCUAUAAUGGGUCUCACAGCAAACAACGUCGCUUCCGAUCGGGUGAAAGGCUCUUGGAGCCCCCAAGAAGAUGCCACUCUCAUCAAGCUCGUCCAGCAGCACGGCCCUCGCAACUGGUCUCUCAUCAGCAUCGGCAUACCCGGACGCUCCGGUAAGUCUUGCAGGCUCCGAUGGUGCAAUCAGCUUAGCCCCGGCGUACAGCACCGCCCUUUCACUCCCGCGGAAGACGCCAUCAUCGUCCAGGCUCACGCCAUCCAUGGAAACAAGUGGGCUACCAUUGCCCGUCUCUUGCCCGGGCGAACGGACAACUCCAUCAAGAACCACUGGAACUCCAGCCUGCGCCGCGGCCGUGCGGCGGAAACGUCGAGUGCGUCCGGGUCCUCUAAGUCGGACUCUAUUAUGGUAAUGAAGAAGCGGCCGGAGCCUUGUGAACCCCCGAACGCAUCGGACAUGUGGCAGUCGGGGCAGCAAUCGAAGCGACAAUGCCUCGGGAGAAUUUCGCCGGAAAACAAUAGUUAUAAGGAUCCACUGGUGGGCCGUUUAACGACAUCGUUGAGUUUGUUACCUCCAGGAGAUAAGGUCGAUAACAAAGUGAAAGAAGAAAAGGAAGAACACGAAGAUGAAGAUAAAGCCAAGGGCGAAGGUGAAGGGAGUGAGAGUGGGAACCGGAAGGAAGAGGAACAGGCAGGCUUGGUGAGGAUGAUGAAGCGCUUGAUAGCAGCGGAGGUUAGGAAUUACAUUGAUAGUCUGCGGGCCGAUGAUAAGCUCAUUCUCAGAACUGGGCUGGGCCCUCACAUGGACCCAUCUUCUUCCCAGAAGAGCACGUAUUUGUUUAGGAUCGUAACUAUCUAUCUCUACAUGAUUAAUCUCGUUUCUUUGCUUUCGUAUUUGGCUAACCAAGUAGCAAUUUCUGGGUUUUCAAGGAAAAGUUCCAAUUGGUUCACAUCACAAAAAAGUGUAACCUCCGACGAUGAGGCGAAGUGUGAACAGUUGAGUAGGAGGAGGCUUGGACAGCGAAUGGUGGAUGAUACCACUGCGGACUCUGAGGAAGAUGCAUGGCUGUGUAAAGGACACACAUUCACGCAACCUUUAGAGAGCAAAGAAGAAGGAUAA